AACACAUAGCCAAGGACACAUACCCAAGAACACAUAGCCAAGAACAUAUACCCAAGAACAUAUAGCCAAGAACACAUAGCCAAGAACAUAUACCCAAGAACACAUAGCCAAGAACAUAUAGCCAAGAGCACAUACCCAAGAACAUAUACUCAAGAACACAUAGCCAAGAACAUAUACCCGAGAACACAUAAGCCAAGAACACAUACCCGAGAACACAUAGCCAAGAACAUAUACCCAAGAACACAUAGCCAAGAAUACCAAACACCCAGUGUAUUAGGAAUAACUUCUCCCAGCUAGGUCUAGAGGAAGUGCCACCAUACAUUAGAAGGGGCUUGUAAGCUUUCACGUGACCAGGGUCUUCAAACCAGCUGCCUGUUUUCAGAACGAGACAGACACAAGAUGAGCUACAAAAAUGGAAGUUGGGAUUUUUAAAUGGUGUAUAUUCUUUUGGGGAGGAACAGCAUAGCCUUUGAAUGGAAAAACAAGUUGAUUUUAAAAGAUCUCACCCCAAAAUUUGAUCUCUUAUAAACUUUAAAAUCAGCAUUUCUUCUGUAGGUGGGGUUUUUUUUUUUUUAAUUAUUAGAAGCUGUUUCAUAAACGCCCACUAGAGUCAGGGUUCAAUUAUUAUCUUACUUAACAACCUCAGAGCCCCUGUUUCGUGUUUUCUUAUGCAGCUCAAAGCUCCAGGGAGAGUGGCGUCUGUGGCAUGUACCCAAGCAGGACAGAAAGUUCAGAUAACUCAGGCAUCGGCCUUUCUUCUGUUCUCAGCACAGCACAUAACCCGAUUGCUCUCUCAGCUGUGACCUGUUUGGCUCCCAAAAUUAAUUUUUCCAGUCAAACAGUCUUGUUUAGGGGUUUAUACAGCCUAACUCAAUGAUGCAACUGCUAAUUUAAUUUUGCAAUAAAUGUAAUUUUGUAAGAUAUAGAUUCCACACACCCCCACCCCCAGCCAUAAAUGCGAUAAACAAAAAAAUGAGUGUAAGACAGAAGAACACUGAGGCCCUUUUGAGUGGGCUAUCCACUUGACAGUGGUUGUUGGAAAACUGGAGUGGGGGUAGCCGUCAGGCCCACAGACGUCGGUCCCUCUGCUGUUCAUCUCCUGUUGCUUGAUAGCUCAAGGGCAGUGGGCAUGUACCCGUAUGCAAAGGAGGUAUCUUUGGGCGACUUUGACCCCAAUGAACAAUAAAUGCCUAGUCAUGCUGGGCUUUUAUAGUCCUCACUUAUCGAUUCUGUAAACCAUUUACUUCACACACACCAUCGGUUACAUUUGCCAUGGGGAUGAGGCCCAACGGGAGGACAGAGCAGUGAGCACCGGCCGGGGCUCAUGGCCACUCAGCCUGGUGCUGGCGGGGGCGUGACUCUGGGCUUUUCUCCUAGAGUGACCAUGGAUUCUUUCGAAAUUGUGGGUUCCCACGUCUAGGAUUAGGGGCUUCCAAUGAGGACUCAAAGGGUGUGGUUUUAUGUUCAAACAUGUGCCUAAGUGUUCCCCUUAGAAGAUGGCCAGGAAGGGCUCCGGACGUUCGGGACAGUGUCACUCCUGGGAACCCAACUCCUGGCAAAUGUAACACUUAGGGUGUCCUUACUGUAUAGAGCCCAUCGUAUGUGAGUGUAGUAACAUCAUGGAAGGAAAAGUCAGCAAGGGUGUUUACCUCAGAGAGGAGAAGGGAGUGACCCUUCUCUACUACGGCCAGUACAACACAUCCUGCAUCAGCAACCCGGCAAAGUGCGACCCCGACGGGGUCACGUUUUCUUUUUUCUGGAAGACGCACGGAGAGCAGUCCAGACCGAUCCCUUCGGCAUACGGGGGACAGGUCAUUUCUGAAGGGUUCAAGGUCUGCUCCAGUGGCGGCAAGGGCUCCGUGGAGCUGUACACGCGGGAGAACGCCAAGACGUGGGAGGCCACCUUCAGCCCGCCAGGUCCCUACUGGACUCAUGUCUUGUUUACAUGGAAAUCCAAGGAGGGUCUGAAAGUCUAUGUCAAUGGGACCCUGAGCACCUCCGACCCAAGCGGCAAAGUGUCUCAUGCCUACGGGGAGCCCAGCGUCAACCUCGUGAUCGGGUCUGAGCAGGACCAGACCAAGCGUUAUGAGGUCGGAGCUUUCGAUGAGUUCAUCAUCUGGGAACGGGCCCUGACCCCGGACGAGAUCGCGAUGUACUUCACAGCUGCCGUUGGAAAGCAUGCUGUGUUGUCUUCGACGCCACCAAGCUUCUUCAUGACACCCCCAGCCAACACUGUGCUGCCCACCAACGCCUACCAUCCUAUCAUAACCAACUUGACGGAGAAGAGAAAAAACCUCCAGAGUCCAGGAACGGUACUGAGUUACCUGCGAAACGUGUCCCUCAACUUACCCAGUAAGCCCCUCUCCCAGGAAACAGCGCUGAACCUCACCAAGGCUUUCUUAAAAACCAUGGGAGAGGUUCUUCAACUGCCCAGUUGGAUUGAUGUGUCAGAGGACAACGCCGUCGUGCUGGGCUUGAUAGAGACCGUCGACACCGUCAUGGGCCACAUCUCUUCCAACGUGCACGCCAGCGACCCCCAGGUCACCAUCAUCGGCUCUUCCUCCAUGGCAGAGUUCUCUGUGGCCAAACUCCUACCCGAGGCCAUAAAUUCCUCCCACUACCGCUUCCCGGCUCAGGGGCAGAGCUACAUCGAGGUUCCCCACGAGGCUUUCCGCAGCCAAGCCUGGACCACCAUCGUGGGCCUUCUCUACCACACGAUGCACAAUUACCUGGACAACAUCUGGCCAGCCAAGACCAAGAUUGCUGAGGCAGCAAAUUACAAAACCCACCCGCUGUCUGCAGCCAGCUACCUGAUUUCCCUGGAGGUGUCCCCACCACCGACGCUGUCCCAGAACUUGUCAGGAUCUCCUCUCGUCACGGUCCAGCUCAGGCACAGACUGUCCCGCCGGCAGCGCAGCGAGGCCACCAACAGCAGCAACCAGGUCUUCCUGUAUUGUGCCUUCCUGGACUUCAGCUCCGGAGAAGGGGUCUGGUCCAACCAGGGCUGCGUGCUCGCGGAAGGGAACCUCAGCUACUCCGUCUGCCGCUGCACUCACCUCACCAACUUCGCCAUCCUGAUGCAGGUGGUCCCGCUGGAGCUCACACAAGGACAGCAGGUGGCGCUCUCGUCCAUCUCUUACAUCGGCUGCUCCCUGUCCGUGGUCUGCCUGGUGCUCACGCUGGUCACCUUCGCCAUGCUCUCCUCGGUCAGCACCAUCCGGAACCAGCGCUACCAUAUCCAUGCCAACCUGUCCUUUGCUGUCCUCGUGGCCCAGAUCCUUCUGCUUAUCAGCUUCAGCUUCAAGCCUGGCACGGUCCCCUGCCAGGUGCUGGCCGUGCUCCUGCACUACUUCUUCCUGAGUGCCUUUGCCUGGAUGCUGGUGGAAGGGUUGCAUCUCUACAGCAUGGUGAUCAAGGUCUUUGGCUCAGAGGACAGCAAGCAUCUCUACUACUAUGGGAUAGGAUGGGGUUUUCCUCUCGUCAUUUGCAUCAUUUCCAUAUCGUUUGCCAUGAACAGCUAUGGAACAAAUAACAACUGCUGGCUCUCCAUCACGAGCGGCGCCGUCUGGGCCUUCGUGGCCCCUGCCCUGUCCAUCAUUGUGGUGAACGUCGGCAUCCUCGUGGCCGUGACCAGGGUCAUUUCACAGAUCAGCGCGGACAACUACAAGAUCCAUGGGGACCCUAGUGCCUUCAAGUUGACGGCCAAAGCUGUGGCCGUGCUGCUGCCCAUCCUGGGAACCUCGUGGGUCUUCGGCGUGCUCGCUGUCAACAGCCAGGCCGUGGUCUUCCAGUACGCGUUUGCGGUCCUCAACUCCCUGCAGGGGUUUUUCAUCUUCCUUUUCCAUUGUCUCCUGAAUUCAGAGGUGAGGGCCGCCUUCAAGCACAAAACCAAGGUCUGGACCCUGACGAGUAGCUCCAACCGCAACACUAACGCGAAGCCCUUCAGCUCUGACAUCAUGAACGGGACCCGGCCGGGCACAGUGUCCACCAGGCUCAGCCCCUGGGACAAGAGCAGCCAAUCUGCACACCGUGUGGACCUGUCUACCGUGUGAGCAGGGAGGCUGCAGCUGCCAUCCUGCUGCUCAGAACACACCCGCAGACGAACCACGAGAAGCCCUCUGCCUUCACCACGAGACCCUCUCCUCGCUGCUGUCUGGAUGUGGGGGUCGUGGCCCCCGGGACAGGCUUCCUUGCCUCCCACCCACCCCGUGUGACAGAGCCCACCGCCGGGCCCGCAGCCCUCCCGGCUCUGGUCCUCCUGUGGCCGAGCGACUGUCCCCCGGGGCACCUGCCAUGGGCGCACAGGCCCCAGGGCCUGCCACACCAGGAGGGCGGGUUAGCCUGGGAGCCACGAUGGGGCCUCGGGACCAAAGGGGAGGGUCCCGCGGGGAGGCGGAAGCCCCCAGAGGGUCAGGCAGAGGCGGACGGGCCGUGUGGGCAGCGUGAGAAAUGUCCUCGACCUGCUGAAUCAGCUGCAACAAGCUCCGAGGAGCCAGCGCCAGCUGAGGGGGGGGCCCCUCACGCUCUGGCCGUGCCACCCCUGCCAGGCCUCUGCGGGGCCGGGGCUUUGGGCUGGGGUCUCUGGCCGCUCAGGCCCGGCCGCGGGCGAAGAGAGCCAGGUGGGCCGCUGCUGGGAAUGCUCCGGUCCCUCUCAAGGUCGGCCUUGAUGUGGGCCGCGCCGUGAGCACCUGAGCCUUCCCUGCGCCCGCGGCCCCCGGGAGCUGGCUGCCGGCCUGCGGUUGGCUUCCCGCGGCCCGGCUUCCCGGAGCUGCUUCCUGGUCACUCACAGACCCGUCUGUGUAUAACGGGCAGACGCGGUGGAGGGUGGUGCGGUGGGUUCCGCGUUGCUGUGAUGGCAACCACACCUCGCCGCCCGCACGGCCACCCGAGCCACGGACCCGGGGACGGUGGCCUGACGGUGGCCGGGUCUUCCUGUUGAUGUUGCUUUGCAGACUGGGACUCGGCCCUGUAGGAGAUGGGAGCGACCCUUACCCCUCCACGCGCGGGCAGGGUCCUUGACCCUAGAUGUGAACCCAGACGCCACCGAAUAUUCGGAAGCAGGCUGUGACCAUUGGCUGUGACCGUGGCGUCAGCACUAAGGGUCUGUGAGAUGCGUGGGUGAGAAGUUCAAACCCGUAGCUGAUACUGGAAAAUCUUCCUGUAAAACUGUGACCGUGGUAGCAUUAAGCCCUUCCCGCCCCGUGCGCCCACUGGGUCUCGGAGUGAAUUUUCUCCAUGGUUCUGUGGACCUUCUCCAUCUUGGUCGGGUGCCUUCCUAAUGUAACGCGCCCCCGUCACGGUGGGCGCAGCAGUCACCCACAGGCGUCUCCUGCGUGGGGAGGGGCUGCACACAGAGCCACGUGUCGACCGCAGGGAAUCUUUGUUCUUCUGUCCCAGUGAGGCCCCGGGCACAGCAGCGACUCGGCACAGGGUGACAAUGUCCAUUACCUUCUGUGCAGCCCCUGGGGACGGGCUGGGGUGUCGACCGCCACAGAGACCCCAUGUGUAGUGAGAAGUCCGAGCGUGCCCAGCCCCUGCCCAGGCUUCUCCUCAUGACUCCAGAAACCAGAUCGCUUGUAACUCACGGGCAUCCUUGUCAGGCCCGUGAGCACCUAGAAGUGAGAACACUGUAUCCUGAGGUCUACACUUGGAUUUUUGUUUCUUUUGUUUCUGGUGAAGCAAAUCAAGUAAGGAACUGUCUUCACUUUAGAUGGAUUUCUUUUGUUUUAAACUCAGCAUAUUCGCUCUACAUAGCUAAUCUAUCAAGGGAAGUAAUGAACAAAUUUUUAUUUCUAAUGAAGGAAAGCAGUGCACUUUAUUUAUAGGCUAUAGAUUUCGGCUUCUGCGGUGCUUUAUUAUCUACACGUAAUUUGGCCAAAGAUAAGAAAUUGGAAAGGACAGUGUGUUUAGAGUAGUUUAUGGCACAGGAAAGACGAUGGAUGCCACUGAGGAGUGAAAAUAUGUUGUAAUUUUUAUGAAAUAAAAUCUUAAUGUCCUUAA